CUGUCAAUUUUUGACAGGAGUGCGAUUGUAUCUGCAUUCGCAGUAGGUGGUGCGGUUGGAGGAUUGAUCUCCGGAGCGUUGGCUGACAAAGCUGGACGACGUGGUGGUCUACUCUAUACGAACAUCCUCGCCAUCGUAGCUGCUGUUCUUAUGGGAGGAGCUAAAUACGUCAAUCUCUAUAUACCGCUGCUUUUCGGACGAUUUUUCAUUGGAAUUUACGCAGGUAAGGAACUCUCAACAUCUUCAUUGCGGAGCUCAGUUGACUACUAUAAAUUCGCCAUAAUUAUUUAG